AUGGUGAACAACAAUGCAUUCUCUUCAUCGUCGAUGGGUGGAAGCAAUACAACACCACUAUCAUCUAACAACCAUAGUACAAUGUCUAGACCACCUGUUAUGAAGAAAAUAACAUCUAUAAUCACCAGUGGAGCUGAGUUAUAUGGCGGAUACAGAAGUAGCUCGGCACCACCCCAGGAAAGUCUCGACGAGCAAUCAAAUACACCCACAAACACGAAUACCAAUGAAUUGAAUAUUCGUUCAAACCCUCAAUACUACGAUUAUUAUUACUCAAAUAAGAAUCUCAAUCCGAGACUCCCUCCACCUAUUCUAACAGCAAACAAUGCAUGGAGAAAGGACACCAUUCUCCCAGCAACCACAACAGCAAAUGAAUUUAACCCUCCGAAUUCACCUGGAGCUGUUGGCGAUGAAAAGAAAUACAAGGCAAGAUCAUCAGCUCUCGAUCAGAUCCAACAGGAUUUUCCAAGAACGCCCUCACCUGUUUUCAGCUUGUCCAAAGAACAAUCAUCACCAUCGCAGACAUUUAUAUCCACCACGAAUCAUCAUCAACAUAGCAACAACAAUGGUUCUCAUGCUGUAACGGUCGCAUCCAUUUUGCAACAACAUGAUAUGGUUCCUCCCAGCGUUCACCAUCAUCAACAACAGCAUCAUCAUAACAACAGUUAUGGAACUAAAGGUGGCAAUGGUAAAAAGAACGACCAUCGAGGCGGUUAUCAUCCAUCUUCGCAGGCAUAUGAUACAAGCCAAACCAGAAAUAUGCAGUCACAGCAGUAUGGUGUUCCAUAUCAUGUCAUGACAGCAGAACAUGGCGAAGAUACACAUCCACCAUCAGAUGAACAACUCAAUGAACAAUUUCAACAAAUGAACAUGAAUUGGGAUGCUGCUUCCAACAAUGCUGGCUAUCCUCCCAUGAUGUACCCUAACGGUCAACCUCCAGUGGAGUACUAUAACCAUCCUCAUUAUGGGAACAAUGUAAUUCUUGUUAGACCUCAACAACCACAACCGGUGGUGCAUUCCGACCAAGGCAUGCGACAAAUGCCACCUUAUUACGUACCACCCAAUGGGGUUCCAUAUUUCAUUCCUCCAUCUUAUGUGGUUCCACAGAAUCAACCUCCACAUAUGAAUGUUCCAGUUGUAGAUAAUAGACAAACAGCGCAACACAUGGUACCUCCUCCUCAUGGAGUAAAUCCUCAAUAUCAUCAUAAUGGUACAUGGUCUGGCACUCCUCAAACUCAUUUCCAUCCUCCUCAACAAACUUCAACAAAAUCUACGGGUAAUAACAAUGGUCAUAUUCCUUCUACAGCAACAGCUGGUGGCUAUCAUUCUAGUGGACAUCAUGUAUCAAAUAACAGCAACCUAUCAUCAUCACCACAUACGAGCUCACCAGUUAGCAAUGCUUCGAGUGGUAACAACAAACAUAGAGGCGACAGAAACGAAAACCAUUCUUCAAGAAAGCCACCAAGAAACAAUGCAAAUACAUCCUAUCAUUCCUCAACGACUGAGCAAGUACCAAUGUCUGCAUUAAUGGAUGAAUUUAAGAAUGGUAGAUCUGGUCGUAAAUACGAGCUUUCUGACAUUGUUGAUCAUGUUGUUGAAUUCUCCAGAGAUCAACAUGGGUCAAGAUUUAUUCAACAAAAGUUGGAGAAAGCUUCAAAUAAUGAAAAGGAGUUGAUUUUCAAAGAAAUUCAGCCCCACGCUCAAUCUCUCAUGAUGGAUGUCUUUGGAAAUUAUGUGAUUCAAAAAUUCUUUGAGUUUGGAAGCGUUCAACAUAGAAAAAAGCUUGCUAAGGAACUACAAGGAAAUGUUCUCAAUUUAACUCUACAAACUUAUGGUUGCAGAGUCAUACAAAAGGCAUUGGACGUCAUUGACAAUGAAGACAAAGAGACGAUUGUAAAUGAAUUGAAGGGUAAUGUUAUGCGUUGUGUUCAAGACCAAAAUGGAAAUCAUGUAAUUCAAAAAUGUUUUGAACGUGUUCCACACAAAAUGAUUCAAUUCAUAGUUGAUGGAUUUAAAGGAAAGGUCUACGAACAAGCAAUUCAUAUUUACGGUUGCCGUGUAAUUCAACGUAUCUUGGAACACUGUACAGAAACUCAAACUGCUCCAAUUUUGCAAGAGAUUUUAGAAAAUGUUUCCCGUUUAGUGGUUGAUCCUUAUGGCAAUUAUGUUGUUCAACACGUUUUGAGUAACGGAAAGCCAUCGUACAAGUCUCAAAUAAUUUCUGCCUUGAGUAGAGACAUUCAAACGUUAUCAACGAACAAAUUUGCCUCAAAUGUUAUUGAAAAAUGUUUUCAGCAAGCAAACAAGAAAGAAAGAGAUAACAUGGUUGCAGAAUUAAUUGGAGAUUUGAAAACCCAAGACUUCUCAGACACACCUUUUUUCUCAAUGAUGAAAGAUCAAUUUGCGAAUUAUGUCAUCCAAAAAAUUAUUGAAACAUGUGAUCCUGCACAAAGACAAACGAUCACGGAAGCAAUCAGACCACAUCAAGAAAAGAUCAAAAAACUACCGUUUGGAAAGCAUAUUCUGGCAACCAUUGCCCAAUUUGAGGAAUUGUGA